ACACUUACCCCGCCACGCUCAAGGCGUGUGGUCGAUUGAAGAACCUGGCACAUAUGCGUUUGAUGACAAUCACAGGAGACAAAUCUGGAUCAGGGCUACUUAGUAUAUUCGCCAUAGCACUAUCUUCGUGACGUCGCAGUACUAUCGCUCGGUAACUCGCCUCUUCCAAACCCUGCUUUCGAUUAUUCCCUUCUUCCUUGGCCGGGCUGGCUUUCUGCUACUCGCACUUCUUCUUAUCCUCUCUAGUACCAAUUCGGACAAAGCGGCCUGCGCCUGCAGCCUGCACAACGGAGAAAGAUACUUCAGCAGCCUCGCUUUGCAGUACCCCCUCUCCUUCAAAUUCGACAUCAUGGGGUCAAUACAGCACGAGUCGCAUUUCAAGAAGCUGCAGCAAUUCAAAGCAAACUACGCUGAUGCCACUUUCACUCAGUAUGAAUCGCAGCGAACAGGUCUCCGGGUAGUCGUAGUCGAUCGCAAGGGGCCGAAAGUAUACGGAAACUUCGCAGUGGCCACCGAGAUCCACGAUGAUUCGGGCGCACCGCAUACCCUUGAGCACCUCUGUUUCAUGGGUUCACGGAGAUAUCCUUUCAAAGGUGUACUAGACAAGAUUGCCACCCGAUCAUACUCCGACACAAAUGCAUGGACGGACGUCUCCGAAACAGUGUAUACUCUGUCAACGGCAGGUUGGGAAGGUUUCGCUCAGCUACUGCCUAUUUACCUGGAUCAUCUUAUUGUACCUACACUCACCGAUGCCGGUUGCUACACUGAGGUUCAUCACGUUGAUGGCAAAGGAGAAGAUGCAGGUGUUGUCUACUCUGAAAUGCAAGGACGUCAAAACUUACAGGGCGACCUGAUGGAUCUCCAGAUGCGCCGUCUACUCUAUCCUGAAGGCGAUGGUUUCCGCAUGGAGACAGGCGGCCUGAUGGAGAACCUACGAGUUUCUACCGCAGAGCGCAUCCGCCAAUUUCAUCGAGACAUGUACCAACCUAAAAACAUAAGACUUGUGCUGAUCGGAGAGGUGGAUCAUCCAAAUCUUCUGGAUGUACUGGACAAGUUCGAGGACCAGAUCGUUGACCGCGUACCGGCUUAUAGUGCGCCCUUCAAGCGUCCGUGGGUCGAGUCGAAGCAGACUCCACCACUAAGCAAAACAAUCGUUGACACGGUCGAGUUCCCAGAAGAGGACGAAUCAACGGGCGAGGUUCAAAUCGCCUUCCUAGGGCCCAAAACCAUCGACGAUCUCGGAGAGACUGCCAUCAACACACUGCUCAACUACCUUGCUGGUUCAUCUGUUUCGGUCUUAGUAAACACGCUUGUGGAGAAGGAACAUCUUGCAAGUAUGGUCUACUUUUGGUGCAAAGGACAUACCGACAUGAUAAUUUGGUGGACCCUGUCAUCUGUAGAGACAGAUAAGCUGGCAGAUGCAGAGAAACGUUUCUUCGAAGUCCUCAAAGAACACGCUUCCAAGCCGCUUGAUAUGAGCUAUCUUAAAGACUGUCUCCAUCGUUUCAAGCGUCAAACUCGCUAUAUGUCUGAGAUUGGUAUGGAUGAGUACAAAGAUCCGAUUAUCAAAGAUCACGUCUUCGGUGACCGAAAUGGGACUCAUCUUGAAGACGCCAUGGCCACCCUCGACGUAUUCGAUACCUUGGACAGCUGGACCGAAGAGGAAUGGCGAGCGUAUCUGAACAAGUGGAUGGUAGAUGCUCAUCACGUUUCCAUUCUCGGUAAACCCUCAAAGGCUCUGUCAGAUAAGAUCAAAGCAGACGAGAUUGCACGAGUCAAGGCACAACAAGAAAAGCUAGGUGAAGAGGGACUGAAGAACUUGGCACAGAAACUCAAGGAAGCCCAAGAGGAGAACGACAAGCCCAUUCCAGAAGAGAUCAUUGCUGGUGUUCAGGUUCCAAGCACCGAGUCUAUCCACUUCUACGAGACUACAACAGCACGCUCUGGACUAGCAAAGAAGCUAGGUACAUCAAAGAACAAUAUCCAGCAGAUUGUGGACAAGGAUGAGAAUGGUCUCCCAUUAUUCAUCCACUUCGAACACAUUCCAACUUCUUUCGUGCACUUCGGUUUAGCGCUCGGAACCGCGUCGCUACCAACGGAACUUAAGCCUCUGCUCGGUGUGUAUCUCACCAACUUCUUCGCUACUCCUAUCAUGAAGGAUGGAAAGCGCAUCGAGUUUGAAGAGGUCAUCACCAAGCUUGAGCAGGAUACGAUUGAAUACUCCAUGGACCGUGGUACUGAUAUCGGAAGCUCGGAAAUGAUUUAUAUUCCCUUCAUUGCUGAGGCUGACAAGUUUGAGACGGUCGUCUUAUGGCUCAGAUCAAUGCUUGUUGACUCAGUGUUCGACACUGAGCGCAUCAUCUCUGCAGUCAAGAAGAUGCUUGCGGAUGUGCCCGAAGAGAAGCGUGACGGCAACUCGAUGAGCUUUGCAGUUGAUCGUAUGAUACACUACGAUGCCGCUUCCGCUGUUCGCGCUACUGGAACAUUAGUCAAAGGUCUCUACCUAAAGCGCAUCCUGAAAUUGCUCAAGACGGAACCCCAACAGGUUCUCGACAAGCUCGAAGCCUUGCGAAAGCACCUACUGACCUUUGCCAACAUGCGCAUUCUCGUGACCGCCAAUCUCGAGACUUUGCCAAACCCAGUAUCCACCUUCAAACAUCUCACCGACGCUUUCAAGCCCGGCCCGGAGCCGACUGUGAACCCAAUCGAUGAUCGCAAUGCACUCCUAUCAGAUAUCGGCCGUAACCCAGGUGGCACACACUACAUAAUCCCCAUGCCCAUCGACUCUUCCUUCGCAGUACUCACAUCCAAAGGACCAAAGGGGUAUACAAACGCCCAACUUCCGCCACUCAUGGUCGCACUGGCCUACCUCGAUGCCGUCGAAGGCCCCAUGUGGCAAUCAAUCCGUGGCACAGGUCUUGCAUACGGCAGCAACUUUUUCCGCGACCCCGAGACAGGCCUACUCAAGUUCCGCAUUUCCAAAUCCCCCAAUGUAUUUGCCGCGUACAACAAAGCGAAGACAGUCAUCAAGGAAUACGGCGACGGUACACAGAAGUUUGAGAAGCUGGCUCUCGAAGGUGCCAUCUCUAGUAUCGUGCGCGACUUUGUCGAUGAGCGCGCUACUAUUGUCGACGCUGCUAGGAGUUCCUUCAUUGAUCUUGUUACGCGUGGUGUUGGAAAGGAUUGGCAAGAUUGGGCGCUUCGCGAGGUGCGCAAGGUGACUGAAGAAGACGUCAAAAACAUCUUGAACGAGGUUGUAGCUGGUGUGUUCGUGCCAGAAAAGACGGAUCUAGUCGUAACAUGCGGUGGUAUCAUGACUGACGGCCUUAAGAAGGACUUUGAAGACGCAGGCUUCAAGAUCGAGAUCAAGCAGCUAGCUGAUUUCCAAGACGCAUACGGUCUUGAGGGUGAAGAGGAUGAUGAGGACGAUGACGAAGAUAUGUCAGGUAGCGAAGACGACUCUGAAAGUGGAUCAGAAAUGGAGGAGUAGGGUUUAGAUACCACCGUGAAACCCAUGCUCACCACCAGAUGAAUAAAGAUUUCUGUGUCGCCUGCUCUCUAUACAAACACCCUUUCUUUAUAAGUAGUACGAAAUGCUCUUGGUAGGAGUACACAUAGACUUUUAUUUACUUGGCUUAUCGCAGAGAAUACACAGUAAAUACGUUUAGAGUAGCUUUAACUUUAC